UCGGCGAUGGAUUGCAAACUACGCUACCAAAAGUAUUAGGGUCGAUAAUUAAUGAAAUCCAAAAAACCCACCUGUGUUUACUGCGCUCUCUUGAGUAUUUUUCCAGCGAUUUUUUGACAUGGUCUCCGUCGUUGACAGUUAUUUGGUUCGGACCAAACGCAGCCUUGUGUUUCCUGCCACAGCGAGCUAUGCCAUACACGAAUAUUCACACGAACAUCAGAGUCUCGUCUGGUGUCCGCCUUGUCACUCCUCUCGGUUAUUCGCUCUUCAGCAAUAUGCUUCAACCUGGUUGCUUUGAUUCCAAUGCUCUGAGUCGUACCAGAACAGCUCUAAAUGACACUCUCGCUCCUCGUAUUAGGAUCCAAGCUAUUGAUGAUGGGCUGUGUCUGACUGGAUGUCUUUGUGUGACGCCGACACAAACUUGGACGGGAAAUUACUUACCAGGCAUCCACUAUUUUGUCGGGUUACUGGCCAGUAAUAGCGCUGAUAUGCAAAAAUAUUUCAAUCCUGCACUUCAAGACUCUAUUACUGUCGGGCUCCUCUCUGUAAUGUCCGCUUCUAACUCUAAUCGGCGACCUCGCACCUCCGGGUAUCCAAGUAGUGGGGGUAACUGUCGUUCUAAAACAUGGAACACCCAAUCUUCCCUCCUUGAGAAUGGGUGGGUGGAAGAUGUUAUUUAAUACUUCGAGUGAUGACGAAGCCCCAUCCGUACAGGAUAUCUCGAUCAGACUGCGCGCUCUCAGACAGCAAUCAGCGCACCACAAUGGACUUCUCGUUAGCCCCUCCCCUACCUAGAAAUUGUGUUUCAUCGAUUC